AGUAAAGCAGAAAUAGAUGUUUUUCUGGAACUCUCUUGCUUUUUCCAUGAUCCGGCGGAUGUUGGCAAUUUGAUUUCUGGUUCCUCUGCCUUUUCUAAAACUAGCUUGAACUUUACAGUAGAGAAAUCUGGUAAAUACUAUCUAAGCCAGGUAAGCAAUAUCAGCAACACUGACGAGUCAUUGAUAGUGUGAACCCUCGUAGGAUGUGAUGACAACACUUCACCUCCUUCUGUGUUAUUCUCCUCAAAGCCCUAACCUCAGUCUGUCCAUGAGACCAGUAUCAGCCAAAAUCAAAUUGAUGGGUGUCUUCCUCCUAACUGGGCUGUGUGGUUUCUCUCUGAGAACUGCCGAUAGCAAUAUGUCUUCAGGAAAUGUGAAAAUUGGACAUCCUGCUCCGCAGUUCAAAACUACAACCAUUAUGCCAGAUGGUCAGUUCAAAGAUAUCAGUCUGUCUGACCACAAAGGAAGAUAUGUUGUGUUCUUCUUUUACCCUCUUGACGCCUUUGCGUGCCCCAUGGAGCUCCUUGCUUUCAGUGAUAGGGCAGAAGAAUUUAAGAAACUCAACUGCCAAGUAACUGGUGCUUCUGUGGGUUCUCACUUCUGUCACCUGGCAUGGAUCAACAUACCCAAGAAACAAGGAAGACUGGGGGCCAUGCACGUUCCCUUGAUAUCAGAGCCCGAGCACAUCGUUGCUCAGUACUGUGGGGUCUUAAAGGCUGAUGAGGGCUUCUCAUUCAGGAACCUUUUUACUACUGAUGGUAAAGAUAUCUUUCCACAGAUUACCAUAAACGACCUUCCUGUUGGCUGCUCUGUGGAUAAGACACUGAGACUAGUUCAGGCCUUUCUGCUUCACUGACACACAUGGGGACGUGCCAGCUGGCUGGAAGCCUGGUGGUGAUACCAAGAAGCCUGAUGCCCAGAGCAAAGAAUAUUUCUCUAAUCAGAAGUGAGUGCUGGGCCAUUUUAGGGCCAGGCUGCAGUAGGUGGCCAUGAGAACAAAACCUCUUUUGUACUGUUGUCAUGAAAACACACCUUACUUGGUCCAGAUGUGUGGGACAGCACUGGCCUUUCCUUCAGGGGUUGGGAGGCCAGGCUUUCUUCCCCUGAAGAAGGCCUGAGCUGUGUUCUGGAGCAGGCUAGCUGAUGUGUGCAGUAGUAGGGUAUCACUUUUGAUCUUUUGUAGUUUUAUUAAACUUGAACGGAGAAAAAACAUCAAAUUGAUGGACAUACUUUAGGAUUCCCUAAACUGUGCUCAAAGCUGUCAUUGUCAUGAAAAACAGUCUGGAAAACACCGGAGGAGAUGAGACGUAAUGACUAAAGGCAAUGUGGGAUCCUCAAGCCAAAAAAGGACAUUAAUGGAAAACUAGUGAAACUUAAAAGUGUGGGCUUUAGUUAAUAGUAAUGUGCCAUUCAGGUGGCUCAGUGGUCAGGAAUCCGCCUGCCAAUUCAGGAGACACAGGAGAUGGAGGUUUAAUCCCUGGGUCAGGAAUAUCAACCCACUCUAGUAUUCUUGCCUGGGAAAUCCCAUGGACAGAGGAACCUGGUGGGCUACAGUUCAUGGGAUUGCAGAGAGUUGGACAGGACUUAGUGACUGAGCCUGCAGGCAUACUGGCUUCUUAGUUGUACAUGCUAUUACAAGAUGUUAACAAUAGGGGAUAUUGGAUGAGGGGUGUCUGGGUACUCCCUGUUCCAUUUUUGUAACUUUUUCUGUAAAUCUGAAACUAUUUUUACAAUAAAGCUUGGUUUCACUAUCAU